AACCCGAAGGGGCCGGAAGGGGUGGCUGCCGGCUCGGCCCCGCCCCGGGUCCGCCUCCCCGCGGGUUCCGUUGGCUGUGGCGGCAGCUGAGGCUGUGGCGGCGGUGGCCGCGGGGCGGGCGUAAGAUGGCGACAGCGGCGGCGGGAGCCCUGGGCCUGCUGUGGAGUUGGCUGUGGAGCGAACGCUUCUGGCUGCCCCAGAACGUGAGCUGGGCCGACCUUGAGGGGCCGGGCGACGGCUACGGCUACCCGCGGGCGCGACACAUCCUCUCGGCAUUCCCAGUGGCGGCGGGCAUAUUCUCCGUGCGGCUGCUCUUCGAGCGGUUUAUUGCUAAACCCUGUGCACUCCGUGUUGGCAUCCAGGACAGUGGUCCUUAUCAGGCGCAACCCAAUGCCAUCCUUGAAAAGGUGUUCGUAUCUAUUACCAAGUAUCCUGAUGAGAAAAGGCUAGAGGGCCUGUCAAAACAACUGGAUUGGGAUGUCCGAAAAAUCCAAUGCUGGUUUCGUCAUCGGAGGAAUCAGGACAAGCCCCCAACGCUCACUAAGUUCUGUGAGAGCAUGUGGAGAUUCACUUUUUAUUUAUGUAUAUUCUGCUAUGGAAUUAGAUUUCUCUGGUCGUCACCUUGGUUCUGGGACAUCCGACAGUGCUGGCAUAGCUAUCCGUAUCAGCCUCUCACAAGUGGGCUUUAUUACUAUUAUAUCAUGGAAUUGGCCUUCUAUUGGUCUCUCAUGUUUUCUCAGUUCAUAGACAUUAAACGAAAGGACUUCCUGAUCAUGUUUAUGCAUCACUUGGCCACCAUUGGGCUCAUCACCUUCUCCUAUAUCAACAACAUGGUUCGGGUGGGAACUCUGGUCAUGUGUUUACAUGAUGUCUCAGACUUCUUGCUGGAGGCAGCCAAACUGGCCAAUUAUGCCAAAUACCAGCGUCUCUGUGACACCCUUUUUGUGAUCUUCAGUGCUGUUUUUGUGGUCACUCGUCUAGGAAUCUACCCAUUCUGGAUUCUGAACACGACUUUCUUUGAGAGUUGGGAGAUGAUCGGGCCUUAUCCCUCCUGGUGGCUCUUCAAUGGCCUUCUCCUGAUCCUACAGGUUCUGCAUGUCAUCUGGUCCUACCUAAUUGUGCGAAUUGCUUUCAAAGCUUUGAUCCGAGGAAAGGUGACCUAUCCAGGAAGGAUUAGACCCAGACUCUGUACUCUCCACUCUUUUCUCACCUCCUUCCUUUUUUCUAUGCCUGGUGGGAGCUGGACAGUUUCAUCUCUUGCAUGUGUCGAAGGACGAUCGCAGUGAUGUGGAGAGCAGCUCAGAGGAAGAAGAAGCGACCACCAACUCAAAAAGCCCCUGUGGCAGCAGCUCCAGCAAUGGCGCCAAUCGGGUGAAUGGUCACAUGGGAAGCAGCUACUGGGCUGAAGAGUAAGGUGGUUGGUGUGGGGACUAGAGCACACAUGGACUUGUAGGGCCACUGGCAACCUGCUCCUCUCAGGCCUCCCCACCUACACUCUUGUGACUAGGGGCUCCGCAGGGCACUGAGGAGAAUCAAAAGAGCAAAUAUUUUCACUUAAAAAAAAAAAAAACCAACUCUGCCAUUUUGUAUUUAAUAGCCUCCGGUUCUUUCGGUAAUGUUAUUUGCUUUGUGGGUGUGUGUGUGGGUGUGUGUGUGUUUGUCUGCAUGUGUAUGUGUGUGUGCAUGUGCAUGUGUGCAUAUGCACGAGUUUCAUUUCCUAGGUUGGGGCACAAUACUAGACUGUGGCCAGUAGGCCUUGUGCCCCCUUUGAACCCACCUCAAUCCCAGAUUUGGCUGCAUCUUGAGUAAUGCUGGCUCUGGACUGUCCCUUCCCUUGUUGUCCAUGGCUUUUGAAGCUAUGGCCAUCUGAAUGGAACAGUAGAGUUCAGCUCCAGGUUUCUGCACUGUUACUCCUCGGAGCUCGAAAAGUCACACGAAGUUGUACAGAAACAGAUAACCAUGGAUGGAUGAUCAGGGUUUUUGUGGCCCCUAGCUAGAUUCCCUUCCUACCACCUGGCAGUGACAGGGUCCUGCUGACGCCCUGCACUUCACUCAAUGGUACGCAGGGAGUGGGAGUGGGGGAGGGUGAGCUGAGGGCUGGAAGAGGACCAUAGCCACUGGGCGAGCCGCUAAGGGUUUAUACUGUUGUUUACUCUUGUGUGAUUAAAAGUGCUUCAACCCUC